CAUCAACAAUGUAUGACGAUCCAAGAGAGGUACUUGUUCUUCUAAAUUCCUUAGGAUUCGUUGGAAUUACCGCUGAACAACUUAAAGCUUUUAUGAAAGAUUUAAAGUUGUACAGGAAAAUGAAAGAUCGUGAGAGACAGCAGAGAAAAGAAGAAAUUAAAAAGAAAAUAUUAGAUAAACAACAAAAUAUGAUUAGAGAAAUUCUUAGAGAACAAAAUGCUGAAUUACAUUCAGUUGAAAAUACAAUAACUAGUAAUUCUUCUAAUUCUUAUAUUAAUGACUCCCUAGUAAAAGUUAAAGUAAAAUGUUUAUCAAGUGACAAAGAAAAUAGAAACUUUAUCAGUUCUGAAGAAAGUUAUACAAAUACAAGACAAAAGGUGGAUAUGUCAAAAUUCAACUCUAAAUCCAGAAGGACAGUGGAUCAUUGUAGUGUUAAAUCUAGCAGUAUGUCUUAUGAUAAUGAUGAUGACAAAAUUUACAUAAGAACUAAAGAUAACCAUGUGAAAUGUUUGAAAACAGAUUUCCAACAAAGUAAAACAAAGGAUGAAAAUGAUAAAAUAUUAUAUCAAGAAAGGCUAACACAUUUAGAAACUCUUCGUCCUAUGAGUGCUCCAAAUAUUUUACAACACCAACAAGAAUACAUUGGAAGUAGCCAAACAAAAAGUUCAUCAUCUACAAAAAACAUUAAUUCUGGAACCAAAUCAUUUAUUAGACCAUGGAGAUUACAACCAGAAGCUCAGAAAAAUUUGAAUGCUAAAAAAUCUGAUCCUGUUAUGCUUUAUCAAAAGUAUCAACAGGAAUGGAAACAAAUAUCUUUUCCUGGAGAAGCUAAACAUGCAAAUGUAAGGUGGGCAAUUCGUGCAAAAAUGCUAGGUGGAGAUCCUCAUCCCAUGCCUCUUCCUAGAAAAUCGACGAGCAUGCCUAUAUUAAAAAGAAAAUGA